GGAACGGAUCCGCAAUAAAAAUACGACUCUGAUCGUGCAUUGCACGCAGACUGAACCCAAGCAUCGCCUUUAAAAACACCAUGCUCUCAUUCAACGGCUCCAUUCCCCUCUCAGUUCACUUUGAUCGCCCUGAAGACUACUUCAUUUUUCUGUUCCAUAUCAUUUUCGCCACUAGUGCGGUCCUGCUCGCGGGCUCAGUGGCUAUUGCAAUCUCGAUCACGAAGAGUCUUCGACGUCAGAACAGAUUUAUUUUCAUGCUCAAUACCAGCAUUAGCGACACUCUUGUCGGAUUCUCUGCGUAUUAUCUCGGUCUGUUUGACGUACAGGAAGGAUUCCCGUCGAGGAACGGUACAUAUUACAUUCUACCUACACUUCUUGGAGUAAAUGUUUUUACUUUCCUCUUCGCGCAGUUUGACCGCUACGUCGCGGUUUGCUAUCCCUUCUUUUACGACCGAUACAUCGUGCAACCGGUAGCAGUUGGAGCUUGUGUGUACAGCUGGGUUCACUCGUAUUCAAUAUUAUUAGUAAUGAACGUCGUCCCCGUUUCAAUAGCCGCACGAAUAAGCGCAUUUAGCAUUGUAGCCUUACAGGUUGUAGUCAUCACUAAAAUUAUAAUGACCAUAAAGUUGUAUGUAAUUGCCAGGUAUCAGCUUGCACGAAGCCCGCCGAGCGCUGACAAGGAGAACAAGAAGGAAUCGCUGAGGAUAAUAGUAUUUGUAGUCAUAACCUUCUUAACGCUGUGGGGUCCCUCGUUCGUCAAUAUUAUUGUAAGGCAGCAAACGUUUCGCGGCAUUAUAUUUAGAAAUGAAGCCACGAACCUCUUUGCCAUUAUGGCGCGAUUUAACGCGCUUGCAACGCCCGCUGUGUACGUCUGGGGAAGCCCCGCGCUGCGCGAGGCUUUGAAGAACACCGUCUGGGGGAGAGUGUGUCCAAAGCGGAAAAGAAGAAUCGAGUUUGCCGGAUGCAGGAGCGAACAUCGACAGGAAACAUCAAGCAUCUCGAGAGGGAAAAUACAAGGACAAUCUGGAGAGAAUGUUAAUAAUCCAUAACGCAGUGCUCAUCAACAUCUCAUCUGAAGUUUUUCUAUUUUUCAAAGUAAUUUGUGUUUUUUUCGGGAACGACGCUCACAGCAAUGCAAUUUCCUACAGCGACAUGUGUCGAUACAAACACGUGUAUAUCGAUUUAUUUUUGUUUCAGUGGCAUAACAGUAAUGACACACACUUGCUUUGAACCUCUGUGUUCGUUGUAAUAUUAUACAGAAUACAUUAUAUAAAUAAAUGUAAUGCACUUAUGUCCAUAGGUUUGCUUGCAUUUAUAUUUUAGGGAUCUACAGGUCUUGACCUCGAGAAACGCAUUAGAGGAAUUUUAUACUCAGAAAAUGAUCGUCAAAAAAGUGAAAACAAUAUAAAAAGAAGUAAAGCAAUCCUACCGCAGAACUAUACUGUCCAAGAAACUUUUCAACUUUGGCCUGAUAUUGUAACUUUAAAACAUAUUGCGGUAAAAAAAAGUCAGAAUAUUUUUGAAUUUGAAUUUUUGUGAAAUGUAUUCUUCAAGUAGGGGCGAGCGGGGAAAUAAGUAACGGUUUUCGUAUUUGGCUCAAUUCUGAAAAUAUUACCAGAGAUAGAUGAAUCAUAUUUUGGAGAUAGAUAGAUAUUACCAGAGAUAGAUGAAUCACCCCUUGGCUAUGAUUACACACUACAAUGAAUUUUCUGGGACACACCAUUCACUAGCAAUCUGACCGAAAGUACCGUGAGUGAAAUGGUGCAUUUAACCCCGAGAUUGGGGUAAAAACGAACGGGACGCGGGGCGCACCUAACAGUCUUAACGGCUUUAAAGCUUACCACAAGUGCAGGCAAUUCAAUACAGUUCCACGUUGCAUGAUACAAACAUUCUUUAACUUAUUCAUUGAUUACAUUUAUAGGUUUUUUGCGGCCUACCUAUAUCGGUGAAAAUCUACCACAAGACUGCACAUUAUUCUCCAGUUCCCGUCUAAUGCCUGUUCGAAUCAAACAGCAGUAUCGGUCGAUGUCACAUGUCACCACGUAGCCUAAAGUUAAAAUUCAGUUAAAUAAAUGUACGAGGAUCCGGUUUGAGUUGAAGCAAUCCAAUCAAAUGGUUAAUUAAUAGUCUACUAACAACAGAC